GCCCGUCGCCGUCGCCGCCGCCAUGGACAGCGACGAGGAGACGCUGGAGGAGACCGUGGAAGGACAUCUAGACGACGAUGGGUUGCCACAUGGGUUCUGUACGGUCACCUAUUCGUCCACAGACAGGUUUGAGGGAAACUUUGUGCAUGGAGAAAAGAAUGGCCGUGGCAAAUUCUUCUUCUUUGAUGGAAGCACCCUGGAAGGGUACUACGUUGACGAUGCCCUGCAGGGCCAGGGAAUCUACACGUACGAGGAUGGAGUGGUGCUUCACGGCACGUAUGUGGAUGGAGAGCUGAACGGCCCAGCCCAGGAGUAUGACAGUGAUGGGCGACUGAUAUUCAAAGGGCAGUAUAAGGACAACAUCCGACAUGGAGUUUGUUGGAUAUAUUACCCGGAUGGAGGCAGCCUUGUAGGAGAAGUGAAUGAAGAAGGAGAGAUGACUGGAGAGAAGAUAGCCUAUGUGUACCCUGAUGGAAGGACUGCAUAUUCCGGAAAGUUCAUAGAUGGAGAAAUGAUAGAAGCAAAACUGGCAACCCUGACAUCCUUAGAGGAUGGGAAACCUCAGUUUGAAGUAGUACCAGGCAGCCCGGUGUACACUUUUGACAAAUCUACUUCAUCCUGCAUUUCGACAAAUGCUCUUCUUCCUGAUCCUUAUGAGUCAGAGAGGGUGUAUGUUGAUGUCUCUCUCAUUUCCAGUGCUGGAGAAGGAUUGUUUUCAAAAGUAGCGGCAGAAGCUCGUACCGUUAUGUCCUUUUACAAUGGAGUGAGAAUUACACACCAGGAGGUAGACAGCAGAGACUGGGCCCUCAAUGGGAAUACAAUAUCCCUGGACGAUGAAACAGUCAUAGACGUGCCGGAGCCCUACAACCACGCCGCCAAGUACUGUGCCUCACUGGGGCAUAAGGCCAACCAUUCUUUCACUCCUAACUGCAUCUAUGACCCGUUUGUUCACCCUCGGUUCGGGCCGAUCAAGUGUAUCCGUACCAUCAGGGCUGUGGAGAAGGACGAAGAAUUGACAGUGGCCUACGGAUACGAUCACAACCCUGUGGGGCAGAAUGGGCCGGAAGCACCCGAGUGGUACCAGCUGGAACUGAAAGCUUUCCAGGCUGCCCAGCAGAAGUGAAGCGGCGACUCCUCAGUUCAGCAAACUCAAAAAGAAACUUGGAUCUAUGCACUACCUUUGUACUGAAAACUGGACAACCAGGGAUUGUUCAUGCUGUUGCAUCAUAACUUUGCAUUCUGUGUUAAGAGAUAAGUUUCUUGCAUACUAACUAGGUUUGACUGUGUUACUCAUAGCAGAUUUAAAAUUAGCUAGCGUCGCACCAGUCUUAUCUGGAGAAAUUAUUUAAUAUUCUAUACGAGACGUGAUAUUCUUUGGUAGCUUCUGCUUUUGCACCAUAUGCAAAGAUGCCAAAAGACUAGACAGGAAACUAAAAUGGGUAUAUCGUUCACUUUUAGUUGGCAGACUUAGUGUUGCUCUCUAUCUGCCUAGGCAUUAUUGUGCAACUGCAUUUUGCAUAUAUGCCACUUGUGAUGAUAACAGUAAUAUUUUGAUAUUCUCUAAUAGUAGCAUAAUUUUGCCUUUUUAAACCUUUGAUCUGAAUCUUGCAAUAGAGCAGUUUAUUAGCAUCUAGGAGGCUGGGUUUUAACUCCCCUUUCCUCUUGUCUGAACGUUGUUCUUUCUACGAAUCCUCUUUUGCGGGAGAAAAUCCUUUCUAACUAGUGGAAAGGCUUGUACGUGUACGUGAGUGCUGUGUGUCAGUCUCUGUGGCUCUCUAAGUAGUAUAGCGACAUGUCCAAGCCUAAUAUUUAUCUGGCCUUUAUGGCUGGCUUAUUUGAUUUAAUUUAUGAUUAUGACACGCAAAUGAAGCUGUUCUUUGCAUGAAGAUGAUCUGAAAGGAAAAACAGACUGGCCUUCUGAAGGACUUUGAGAAGUACACGUUCUGGAAGGCAGGCACAUUAAUGGUGUCAGCAUCCGUGAGUUGGUUUGUGUACUUCACCCGGUAGGGCGGCCAGUUCUCAAGGCAGAAAUGAGUUCUUUCGAAGGAAACGAGUGUAUCUGAGGGUAGGCUGCAGAGCUCGGUCAAGGAGAGCAGCAUCUUUUGUACGUGUUCAGUUGGCAAGGAAUAAAGCUGUCAUUUAGUAGCACUCAGAUAGCGAUUGAAUACGACGAGAGAUAUCACACUGAGAUUUCAGUGAAAGCUAAGAAGAUUGUUUCUUGGAAGGCAAACAACUGAAUGUAAAAACAUCUCUCAUUGUUCAUAUUUAGAAGCAGCAGUCAAUCCAUAGCUUCGUUACAGCCAAUGGCGGGGGCUUGUGAAUAUUUGUCUGCAGGGCUGUGUUCUGGGCUUUUUCAGGGAUAGGGGAGCUGUUCCUUUUGUUUGGAUGCUAUGCCGCCCUUGCCUAAUGCUGUAGAAAUAACGAUCGCUUCAGUCUGGAUGCUGGAGCCCAUCUGGGACUUUGAUGUUCUCUUCUGGGCUUAGCAGCUUAGUGACAACUGAAAUGCGUUUGCAACGCUUCCUCUAAACGUUUGUAGUUAAAAAUGUUUGUAUAUAUGUAACAUAGAUGACUUGGAAAUCAGACCCAGCUUUCUAUUGCAGCGUUUGGUUGCUUGAAUGGUUGCAAGCAUCUGGCUGCCUCAGGAGCCAGGCAUUGGGCUGUUGGCAGAGGUGGAAGGAGGUUGCCUUUGGAGAGCCUUGGCUUGUGGUAGGAAUUGUGAGUGCAGACUUCUCAAACGUGGGGCUCUGCUUAUUUCCUGCAACUGACCACAAAGCUUUUUCAGCACUUCACUGUUGAAGCUUACACAGAAGCUACUGUCUGUGUGCCGGGGAGGGGUGCAGGCACUCCGGGAGCUUUUUCGAUGCUCUUCCAGCAGAGAGCUGAGCGUGAGCUCCAAUGCGGCCGGAGACUCGUGCCACGGCUCCGCUGCUGGUCGGUCCGAGGCAGCAGAGGUGAUGCCUCCAGGGCUCGGCUGAGCGUGCGGAGAGACAGAAUUGAGCCUCCCAGGUGAGGGAGAAUUGUCAAAGGGCAAUUGGUGGCACAGCUUCAGCGAAUCGACCUCAGUGAGAAAUCUGUGUGUUUAUUUUUGAAUUUUCUUUUCCCUGCCUCCCACAAGUUGUUGUUUUGGAUCUCCAGCUAGGGAACUGUGCUGAAAACGUUGUGACCUCUCGAGCUCCUUUGGCUUCAUUGCUGAUUGGUCUGAUUCCUAUGCUGUCUCCUCUUCACGCAGACCUGAUUGUUUUGAUGGGUUGGUCUGUCCUCCUAUAGUGUGUAUUUAGAGAGAGGCAGAAGAGGGGGUGCUCUCGGCACGUUGGGCUGGAGGCAGCAUCAGUGGGUGCAUCGUGAAAUAGGGAAGUCCUAGAAGAAAAGGCUCUUGGAUGUCUACGUAUGUUCUUAAGAGCCAGUGCUUUGGUGACCAUCAAGCAAACGCUCUUGCUCUUGUGUAUGCUUACAGUCAGCUAGCAUGCUGCAGCUUUUGUCUGUGUUAGCUCUGCUGUUGUUCUCCUCUCCACUGUGUUAAAAUCUCUGGGUCCUCCUAUAGAUCCCUUCAUCAGUGACAGACCUUUGAUAAAAGUUGUGAUUGUAAAGCUGCUUUGGCUCGAUUCAGGACCAAGCCCUUGGGUUCUUCUAUGUUUUCUUUUUCUUUGUGGUCUGUUACAGUAGAGGUGGUUGGGAUGGUUUUUACCACGGGGCGGCAAAAGGACUCAUGGCUGAGUGGGUCUCUUGGGGGUUAUUGAGAGAUGUGUCGUGGCAGCCACAGGUUGGAACACAGGUUAAUUACAUAACUCCAAGUGAUGCCUUAACUUGGUCAGUGCAUUUUGCAGCUCAGCUUCUGGGGCUCUUUGGAUAGUGAGACCAGCUUAGCAAAACUGUUUACCGAUAGUAUUGUGAGACCCACAACAGAACUUGAUUUCAACUUGAAGCGGACGAAAUAGUUGUUUUGCAAAGUGAUUUGUUUCAGUUAUUGAAUACCACUGACUUUUUGUGGAAACACAAUGAGUAAAGAAACUCUGCUUCUCAGAGUCUGGCACAGGUUCUGUUCGGUUGGAGCAGAGGCUGGAAGAAGACAUAGCUGUCAGCUGAAGCUGGAUGACCAGGAGGAUCACGGUGUGCUCUUUAUGACUAGAGGAUAGCAUAAGAGAAUUUAUUACUGCUGCUUUUUUCAGGUGCAGGUCAGUUCCCAACUUCCACCCUUGGUCUGCACGCUUGCAGGUGGCUUCUGUACAAUUUGAGGGUUGUUACCCAAGUUCCUUUGUGAGAAGGAGCCCAUAUCAACCUGCGUUAGAGGCCGUUGACCCUCUCUUUGGAGAGUUGAAAAGAAAUAAAAUAUUGAUCUUUCUGUGGCAGCACUGUGUUUUGUCACCAAGAGAAGAGAAGCGUAGUUUUCUGGAGAAGCAGUUAACCUUGGAAAUGAGAGUGUGAGUAGUUAUUGCUGAGAGCUACCUGCUGGGUCACGCCUGUGGGUAAUAGGGAAAAGAGCUUAGGCCUGAAGAAGGGAUCUCAUAGUGAGUCUGCUGCUAUUAUGUGACUCUCUGGGAUCUGCUGGAACAAGCAAUUUUCCUUUGCAAAACUGAAAAAGCUUUUUUCCUAUUCUUUGAUAUUAAUCAGAAAAACACCUUAGCCUUCAGAAAUCAAAUCCCAGAAGUACAUGGGUAUGGUUCUUCAGCCAUCUGAGUGAUGGUGCUGGUUGCUCUUUGACUUCUUUAGCAGCUGCGACAAUGCCUUCUGGCAUGGGCCUUGCUUUUUGCUCCGAACGCAGCUGAAGCACAGCGGCAGGUGACCCACGCUGGUUUCAGGGCAGCUGGGGAUGUGGUGCUCGGCCUUGUGGGGCUGUUUUGGGACUGUCAGGGCAGCUGACUCCAGCUGAGCCUUUCUAGGUGCAGAGCUUUUACUCGUGACGCACGCAGUCGGCAGCGGCUGUAGUUUCUUUCUCAGGGCUGCUGUGUUUCUUGGCUGGCGUGGAAGCAGGCGUGCCACCAGAGGCUCUUGCCCUCUGCCAGGUGCUGGAGGAGCGGAGGGGCUGGUGUUUGGUACCAGGAACCGAGAAGUGGUAGAAAUCCUCACUUGUCUGUUUCCUCCCUGCUUGGCUCUAAGCCACCUCUGCUGCUGCUGGGUUGUCCCCGUCGCUGUUUGCAGCUGGCAGGCAGUUGUCCUUUGGUCAAAGCCAGGGCUCACCGCUUGGGGUGCGCCAGGGCUGUACAGCACGGUUCCUGACCCAGAACCGUGUCUCGAUGAUUUCUUUUGGCCUUUCAUUUCAGCAGGCAGCGUUUGGCCGAAUGCUGCGGUUGUGGUGAGGUGACAAGUUGUACAGAGCUGUUACCCGCUGCUUUGGUUUCCUCUGGCACAUCAGAACUGCUGAAGCUGUGGUUGUCUGAGGAAGUCACUUCCAAACACUUAAAAAAAAGGCUUUGAAAACGAUGUUGCUGAGGUGUCUCCUCAGGUGCUGAGGUGCUGUGAUGUCUGCCUCCGCCUCUCUCAGCACACACUGCUUUGUGCUGCAGGUGUUUGGGUGAGGAGUUGCGGGCGUGGGGGCAGCUUUGCCUGCAGGUGUACACGGGCGUAGUGCUCACCUGUGUGUGAGGAGAGCUCAUUCCUUCUGCUGCAUGUCCUGCAAACGUGAGAACUACAUUUCCGGAACACUCAUACAGAGCUUUUUUUUUCUUUAAAGAGGUGCAAGAUUGAGUGCAUGUUUACUUGCCCCAGAUCAAAGGUUUUGAACACCAGGGUCACCAUCAGCUGGAUGGGCCCUCCUCUUGGCGCUCUUCUGUCUUCAGGCAAUCGAAGCUGCUGCCCUUUCUCUCCCACUUUUACUGUAACCGCUGUUGGGUUUUGGUGUUUUCAUUUCCGGGAGAACUAUGUACAAAACAAAACAAAAAAAAAAAUGGAAAGCAAUUAAACGUUCAAGCCAUAACAUGAGUGCGGGAAGACCCUCUUCACCAGGUUUUAACGCGUUUAUACGUCAAACGACGUCCGUGUGGAAUACUUUCAUGGUAGAAUGCGUAUCCGAAAAGACCAAAAGUUGCGGUAAGAUGAAACGGUGUUUAAAAGGGUGUGUUUGUAAGAUGGUUACUGAUGAGUAGGCUUCUUUUUUUUUUUUUCCUUUAGGGGAGACGCAACCUAUUAUAGCAGGCUGCAACUGCGAGCGGUCCUUUCUGCUGCUUGGGGAAGUGUUUAUGCAGCAUCCCGCGUGGCUGUCCUAACUCACGGCAACAGCCAGGCCGGUCCCACCUUCAGGACAUACCUCUCCUGCCCCACGCUGGCCCUGUACAAGCGGGGCCCUCCCUCCUUUCUGCCGUUUCCUCCUCUACGACUUUUCCUACUGUAACUGUACUGGGUUGAACUCUUGAGCUGAGAUCCAGACUAAAAUUGUGUGUCGCUCAGCAGUUUCUGCCGGGCCUUCUGCUGUUUUAAUACUCUGUAGCCCAUACUUACUGGGUCUCUCUGUUCCGAAGAACUAAGUGCUAAAGAAUAAUCCUUGGGGUGAGCUUACACGCGUGUUCACAGUUAACCCCGGCGUAUAUAACUUGUAUACAGUACUUGAUAGGUGUUUUAUGACAUUUGUACUCGAACUAUGAGCCUUACUGAACAUCUGUAGGUUUAUUCAUGACUUUUAAAAAUGGAUAACUCUAAGAAAGAUGUUUACAUGACUGACGAUUGCCCUUCCUUUGAUGUUAUGAAUGAGGUUUUUAUAGUGUGUUUGGGUGUAUGUGCAAGGAAGCAAGAAAAAAAAAAACCGUUUCUGGGGAAAAAAACAAAAAACAAAACACAAAACAACAACAAACAGACUCGAGAAACAUUUGUAAUAAGUGACUUUUAAAGAUCGCUUUAAUUGCGCUACGGAGGCAAUGCAGAUAUUAAAACAUUCAACAGAA